UCUUAUAGUAUGAUUCUAGUUCGACGUAUUUAAUCCAUAAGUAGGUAGGUAGUGAACGGUGUACGUUGUGUCGGUUAAUAUUAUCGAUGUUACGUAUUAUUCUGUAAAAUAUAGGUACCUAUUUAUAUAUAUGAUAUCGACCGUGAAUUAAGGCUCCAUUCGGAGUCAAGUCAUGGAUAUUUAUAUAGAAGAACUGGCAUGGAAGUUUCACUUUGCCUCCCUGCCCACCAACUUACCUGAUAGGUACCUACCUCUAAUUCAUCCAACGUAGUCGCCCAAAGGCUCGAGGUUUCGAUCGAUUUGAUAUCUUGUUAUGGCAUCUGUAACAUCCAAGACCAUCGCCGUAACGGGUGGUGCAUCCGGCAUUGGAGCAGCAACGUGCCAAUUGCUGGCCCAGCGCGGUGCCUCCGUGAUCUGUAUCGGCGACAUCUCAGAUAAAGGAUUUCACAGUAUUACGCAGCACAUCAAUGAAAUCAAUUCAUCAACUCAGGUCCACUGCACCGUAUUAGACGUCGCAUCUUCUGCUGAGGUUGAGAAGUGGAUGGCAGCCAUCAUAACCACUUUUGGAAACCUUGAUGGGGCAGCCAAUAUCGCCGGUAUUGCCCAGGCAGGGAGCCUACGACAGACCCCCGCAAUUUUAGAAGAAACAGAUGAAGCUUGGACUAGAAUCAUGAGAGUGAAUUUGGACGGGGUAUUCCACUGCACGCGGGCUGAGGUCCAAGUGAUGAAGAAUCUUCCUGUGGGGGAUCGUAGUAUCGUGAAUGUGGCAAGCGUCGCAGCUCUCCACCACAUUCCAGAUGCUUUCGCAUACGGCACUUCAAAGGGGGCUUGCGUAUACUUCACGACCUGUGUAGCCUCGGAUACAUUUCCGCUGGGAAUUCGCGUCAAUAGUGUUUCUCCGGGAAUUACAAACACACCACUACUACCGAGAUUUCAACCUGCAGCGAACAGCAUUGAUGACAUCAAGGAGUUAUACAGGAAAGAGGGGUUCUCAUUGAUUGAGCCACAUGAUGUGGCUAGGACGAUCGUAUGGUUGCUGAGUGAAGAUUCUCGCCCGGUAUAUGGGGCGAAUAUCAAUGUAGGCGCCUGCAUACCUUAGUAAGAUAUCUUACCUACCUACCUACAUACCCAAGGUACCUACUAUGUAGUUAUUUUAUGGUGUCAACAUCCCGGUGUGGCAUAUGCAUAUAGAUAUGGUGGGCCAGAUCGAAAAAAAGGGUUUGUCUCAGGGAACCCUGCCUACAUAGCUGCAAGCUACGACGAAUGAAAUUAAGGGGUUAAAUUGUGACGUCCAGAUCGGGAACUUGACAAGCAGCUGAACUGAGACACGCAGCGCCCCGUUGCGUUGGCCGCAGAUUUGCUUACUGCAUAUGUAUUAUAUGUACAUAGAGCGGCAGGUAAUGAUAAUAAGUUAAAC